GUCCCUGUUUUUGGUGUAGCUGUCAAAAUAUUAGCGGAGACGAAACGCGAACACGGUAUAAUAUUUUAGUUUAGCAAAUUAUCGCAUACAAAACGAAACUGCUAAACAUUGUGAUUGGCAAUAAAAUUAUACACGCGUGCCUCCUGUAUACAUAAGUGUGUGGUUCAAAUGAAAAGUGUAACAUAAUGGGGUGUUUAACGUGGAUCCGAGGGAUCAAAAUGCCAUUCCCAUUCAAGGACAAGGAGUUGAACAAGAUAGCUGCAUUUUUCAAUGUGUCCACAUUCCUCCUGACUUGUGCAGCACUUGUACAGCCAAGUUGGUUCAGGAUCAAGGGGCUGCACUGCACACAGAGCCUGUCUCUAGCACAAUUCUUCUCUUUUGAUGAAGAUGACGAGGAUCUAGAUCAAAUAACUAUACGUCAGGAAGCUGAAUUUGAUCCCAUCAACAGAUCUGACUACAACGGCCUACCUCCUUGCACAACACCAGAGACAAUAACAUUGAUGAGGGUACUCAUAUUACUAUGUUUUAUGGUACUUCUCUGUUCUUGUAUUGGUACUCUAAUAAACCUUACCAGCCUUAACAGCAGAGCUAUCAAAAUGCUGCGUAGGAAUGCUAUACCCAGCAUAAUGUGUGUAUUCUGGGUCAUAGCCAUUGUGGGUGUGUGUUACUACACAACUGUGGUACUAGGUAAUGCUAACAACAGUGAUCCUGAUACAAUACAAGUAGAUUAUGAAUAUGGAUUCUAUACAAUCACUGGAGCCGGAGCUCUGGCUUUGUUAGCGUCUGCGGCUAACCUAUGGGGUGCACCAUUGUCUAAUGAUGAGGAUGUUCAAAGGCGUAAUUUGAUGGAAGACUGGGAUGGGUAUGAGGCCCACAGUGUCGGCCCGACUCCUGCCGUGCCCACCCUGCCGCCGUACACGCCCAGUGCCGACUAUGUGCCUACGCUACACCCACCAUACGCGCCGCCGGUCCUCGGCACGCAGCAAUAUUUUCCUUUCGAUGAUCUUUCCGUCCUUCCUCCGCCUCCCCCUUAUUCACCUUGAGUUUUGUAUCCCACAUGCUUUUCCUCUCAAAAUACCCAAAUAUUGAUGUAUUUUUAGUUGUAAUCUGCAGUAUUUAUUAUUUUAAUCUUAAUUAAUUUGAGCUUUAUAAGUCCUACAUUUAACUAUAAUUUAAGGUGUGUGCGAUUAUAUCAGACUUGAGUGGGAACUCUACUAUUGGUGGUAUAAAAAGAGACAUCUCAAAUAGUAAGUUCUUCACUGGUUGUGUGAACAACAAGUUUGCAUGGAUCCCCGUGACUUACAAAUUCUGAGUUGGUUAAAUUAAUAUACUUGUAGCAUAUAAUUAUUUCGUAAUGUGAUGAAUGUUUAUUUAGGAUUGAGUUAAUAACAAUAGGUAACUUUAAUCUAAUUGUAAACUUUAAAACGCCUAAAAGUCUAAAUUGAAUCAUUGGUUUAUGUAUGUAUAUAUUGUGGUUGUGAGUUAAUUAAUGACUACUGUUCACUUCUACAUGUGAUUUGCCAUUUUAGUGCCUAUUCAUGUCGUAUUUCUCGAGAUGCUUUAAGAUAUAUUGAAGUUCUGUUGGUUAUUUAUAGCCUAAUUAGAUAAUAUAAUUUGUAGACUAAGGGCUAACGAAUUAUUUGUUGACCUACAACUGAAAUAUUGGUUUGAGAGUUUUUCUAAUCAACAAUCAUGAAUAACUCGAUUGUUUUCCAAUACGAAGUUAGAUUUGAUAGAUAACAGCAUGCUUACUUAAACAUAUUUAACGAAUGAAAUAAUACAAAAUUGACUACCAGCCAAAUUUGUAAGAUGAAAAACCUAAUGAUGUAUAAAAGCUUACGUUUUGUUGCUAAAGUGUUUGAACACUUGAUAAAUAAUUUCAUUACUCUGAUAGUGGUACACAAUCAUAACACAUGCCCAUUUUGUCAUUCACUUUUAUCUCUUGCUCUCUUUACUGAUGCUAUUUUAAAUUUUUAUCAUUAUCCCUAAUUAUUGGGUUAUCCUAUAUUUGUUACUACAUGUGUACACAAUUAUCUGAACUAAUUAGUUAACUGUACCUGUUUAAUGAACCUUCCAAA